UCAGCUUAGUGUUUUUUUUUACAACGGGGAGAAGACAAUGAUACUUUCCAGCUUCAAAAGCUUCUUUAUUUAUUAUUAUUUGAGCUCCUUAUUCUACCCAAGCAAUGGUUUUGAGGUGAUCCAGCCACAGAAUAAGACUAAUAACCCAGAUACAGUUUUCAUCAGCUGUAACUUUACAGCAAACACUGGGAUAAUUGUAGAUGUUCGACUCAACAAGGUUUUACCAGAGAAAAAGAUGCUCUGCCAGACUGAAUCUGAAGCCUGUCAUAACAUUAUCGUACUUAAAGACGCUCCAUUCAAGUACAUUUUCAUCUUACUCAAUGCUGGGCCAGAGGCAUGGACCUCAAAGUAUGAAUGUGAGUGGUCAGCAACAAAUAAGGAUGGGACGGACAAAACCGUGACAAGUGCAGCAAACAAAUUAAUUAAACUGCAACUACAAGGUCAUCUGGAAACCACACCACAGUGUACUCCUCCCCCUUCACCUCCUCCCCCUCAGUCCCAUCAGCUCAUGUGGAUUUUGAUUGGUCUGCUGGCCCUGAUGUUUGUGUACAGCUGUAUCAUCACCUCCUUCUACAUGAGGCUUAUGAUGUUUGUUAUCAUCUUGCCCGGACGCAACGUUAAAAGGUCCACAAAGCAGCUGAAAGCAGCUUUUACGAUGGUCAGCCAGGUAAUGGAUGAAGGGAGAUGUUUUGCUAGAGAUUUUUACACAGCCGUAGUUCAUUUUCUAAAUGAGAAAGAAUUCAGGUUUAAACUUUUAUAUAAGGUCUAUGAUAUGACCACAGCUUUCACUGUUGUUGAGGGCUUGGGGAGCUUCUUUUGAUCGUUGUUAUUUUGAGACUUUCUUAGUCUGAAAUCAUAUUUGUUUGUUUUUCCAAUUACAAUUUAAAAUGAUUUUUGUUUCCAACUCAGUGUAAGCUGUUUAUAAGCUGCUUUGAAAUUCUGCUUUUUUUUUACACUCACAGCAGACGAUACAAAGCCAUAAAAUAAUUGUUCAGAUCAUAACAACACACAGUGGAUGUUCUGUGUCAACCUCAAGAGUCCUUUGAAAUGAAACAUCAAACUGACCCACACAGAUUUUUAUUGACAUCAGACAUUGUUACAGUUAGACACACACAAGUUAAAUUUAUAAUGUUUCCUAAUAAGCUGACUGUAAAUAUGAAAUGCACAAAAGCAGGACGUCCCCAAAACCGAAUGCAGUUUUAAUGCAUCAUUUUCUGCUAUGAGACUGUAAAACGCCUGCUGAGCAAUAGGCUCCAGCCCUUGUAACAUAACUAAUGUGAAAUUAGUCUAUAAGGUGUUCUUUAGAGUUAAAAGACUUUCAAAUUCUUACUGCUUUUCUUUCUUACAUAAAUUCCAUCAAUUUUGAGAAGCGUCCCGACACCACUGUUGAAAUGUGGCCCCAAACCAUCACGCUGUGUUUUACAGUUGGCUGUAUACACUCACUAAUCCACCUCUUUCCUGACCUCCUCUCUAUAUCUUGAUGCCAAUGUGCUGCUGAUUUUCACUCUACUUCUUGAAAAAUUUGGCACACACCAGCCUUUUUCUCCCUGUUUUCUCUGAUCCCAAAGAAUCACUGUCCAUGUUUGCAAAUUUUGCUUCAUCUGACCACAGAAGAGUUUUCCACUCGACGAUGCCGACCGGAGGAUUGUGACUUUGAUCCUUUGUCCCUCGAGCAUAAAGAUUUCUCCUGAUUCUUGGAAACUUUUAAUGUUAUGUACUGUAGAAAGUUAUUCUAUUUUACAUUGAAGACCAUUGUUCUGGAAUUGUUUCACAAUUUGUAGACAGGUUUUUCAAAGUGAGUUUACAGACAGUUAAUAAGAUACUGAAAGACAUCCAUAAAAACUGUCCUGCCUUUGUGCCGUGCCUGAACACCCAGUUUUAACAGCAGUAUUAUCAUUAAAUACAUUUAACAGAAUAAAGCUAUCAAAAGAAUGAGGCCGAAAUGUCUGCAUCUCCUCUGCACUUAAUGUUACUAAACUAAUUACUUGAAAAGAAAUCCUGCUGUAGGUGAUGUGUCACUUUUGUGUUUUUUU